AUGCUGGGCAGUACUGAGGGUGGCAGGAGCCAGGCAGCAGCAGCAGCAGCUGCUGCAAUUGCGACUGCAGCUGUGGCGGCCAGCGUAUGGUGCGCCUACACGGCGACCCGGCGCUCUCGGGGCGGCGCCCGCGCCGCCGGCGGAAACGGCAGGGGCGACAGCCACCUGGCGGGCUGCGUCGUUGACGGUGUUCUGGGGGCCAUCGGCAACACACCGCUGAUCCGCAUCCGCAGCCUGUCAGAGGCCACCGGUUGCGAGAUCCUGGCCAAGGCUGAGUUCCUAAACCCUGGGGGCAGCGUGAAGGACCGGGUGGCGCUGCAGAUCGUGCAGGAGGCGCUGGCGGAGGGCCGGCUGGCGGCGCCAGGCGGCCUCAUCACGGAGGGCACGGCCGGCAGCACCGGCAUCGCGCUGGCCAUGGUGGCGCGCGCCCUUGGCUGCCGCUGCUUCAUCGCGAUGCCCGACGACGCCGCCAUUGAAAAGGCCCAGACACUCCACGCUCUUGGCGCAGAGGUUCAGCGGCUGCGGCCGGUGUCCAUUGUGCACCCCGACCAUCCCGUCAACGUCGCGCGGCGCCGCGCGGCGGCUGAGGGCCCGGGGUCUGUCUUUGCGGACCAGUUUGAGAACCUGGCAAACAUGAGGGCGCACGUCCAGACAGGCCGCGAGAUCUGGGAGCAGACGGGCGGCCGCGUGGACGCGUUUGUGUCGGGCGCCGGCACUGGCGGCACCAUUGCGGGGGUGUCGUCCUACCUCAAGGCCAGGGAUCCCCGGGUGCGCGUCUUCCUGGUAGAUCCCCAGGGCUCCUCUUUGUAUAACAAGGUGACUCGCGGCGUCCUGUACACGCGCGAAGAGGCGGAGGGCACGCGGCUCAAGAACCCGUUUGACACCAUCACGGAGGGCAUCGGGCUCAACCGCCUGACAGCGAACUUUGGCGAGGCCCUGGGCCGCAUGGACGGCGCGUUCCGGGGCAGCGACCGCGAAGCGGUGGAGAUGGCGGCGCACCUGCUGCGCGCCGACGGCCUCUUUGUGGGCAGCAGCGCGGCGAUGAACUGCGUCGGCGCGGUCAAGGCGGCACGCCGCCUGGGGCCGGGCCACACCGUGGUCACGCUGCUGUGCGACGGCGGCCAGCGCCACCUGUCCAAAUUCCACAACCCCGAGUACCUGGCGCAGUGGGGCCUAGCGCCGGCCGCGGCGGCGGCGGACGGGCUCGAGUUCGUGGAGUGA